CUCCCAUUCACUCAUGCGCAGCCAGCUUGUUACACGCUCACUCCCAGUGUAUAGAUUCAGUGUCUUUUCUGCUCGACCCGUCCUUCCCCUCCCACUCCUCUCUCUCCGUUUUCCUACACGCGCCAUGUCCGAGAUGAAAACUGGGCCGGUGCUAGACACCUCUGAGCUCCCCGACGGCGCGAUGAAGGCCGUCCCCUUCGAGGGCGGCGAAGUUCUCCUCUCCCGCGUCAACGGCAAAGUCCAUGCCACCAGUGCGCACUGCACACACUACGGCGCUCCCCUAGCCAAAGGCAACCUCGGCAUCGGCGGGCGCGUUACAUGCCCGUGGCACGGAGCGUGCUUCAACGUCUGCACGGGCGACAUUGAGGACGCGCCCGGCCUCGACUCGCUGUUCAAGUACGUCGCCGAAGAGCGGGACGGCAAGAUCUACGUCUCGGCGCCCGAGAAGGAGCUGCAGGCCAAGGUGGGCCGUAAGAUUGCGCGGGCGCGCAACCCGCUUGCGCACAGCAAGGGGCACACAGUCGUGAUUGUUGGCGGGGGUUCGGGCGGGAUUCACACGAUCGAGGGGCUCCGCGCCAACGACUAUGCCGGUGACAUAGUGCUGUUGAGUCGGGAGACGUACGCGCCCAUCGACCGCACCAAGCUUUCCAAGGGGCUCGUGGAUGAUGCGACCAAAGUUCAGUGGCGCACACCCGAAGAGCUGCGGGACGACUUCGGCGUCGACGUCCGUCUCGGCACCACGGUCACGGGUGUGGACACGGCCAAGCGGACCGUGAUUACGGAGAACGGUGAGGUCAAGUACGACAGCCUCGUUCUGUCACCAGGCGCAGUGCCCCGCAAGAUCCCAAUUGAAGGCAAGGACCUUGACGGCGUAGUGACCUUGCGUCACGUGCAGGACGUCCAGGCUAUCACGUCUGCGCUCGGGCCCGACGCCGACAUUGUGAUUAUCGGCACGUCGUUUAUCGGACUUGAGGCAGCGGGCGCCAUUGCGAAAAAGCCACACCGCAGCCUGACGGUCGUAGGUGUGGACGAGGUGCCCUUCGAGGCCAUGCUGGGGCGGGACCUGGGUCUUGCGCUUGUGCGGCACUUUGAGGGACAGGGUGUGACGUUCCACCGCGGGGCGACGGUGGAGAAGAUUGCCGGCGAGAACGGCAAAGUCUCGGCACUGCACGUCAAAGGCAUGCCGCCGAUUCCGGCCUCGCUAGUGAUCAUGGGCACGGGUGUUGCGCCGGCCACAUCGUUCCUCAAGGACACGUUCGAGCUCGAGAAGGAUGGCGGCGUCGCUGUCGAUACCUAUCUCCGCGUCAAGGGGCAGGAGAACGUGUACGCGAUCGGCGACAUUGCGCACUACCCGCAGUUCCCGCGGGGCAACGUCCGCCGCGUGGAGCACUGGAACGUCGCGGGCAACCAUGGGCGGAGCGUGGCCGCCACAAUCGCCGGCAAGCCCACGGCGUACGCGCAGGUGCCCGUGUUCUGGUCUAGUGUCGGCAAGGGCCUGCGGUACAUCGGCUCGGGGGAGGAGGUGGCGCGGAGCUGGCUCGAUGGAUCUGUGGAUGAGCUCAAGUUUGUCCUGUACCAGGCUAACAAGAAUGGCGAGAUUGUGACGGUUACGUCGAUGGGGCGCGAUCCCAUCGUCGCCAAGACCAACGAGCUUCUCCGCACCGGCCGGAUGCCAUCGCUAGACGAGAUCAAGGCUGGCAGGAACGUUCUCGAGAUGCAGUGAUGAAUGUGGCAGUGUUAUGGGCUGCGGAGAAGUUCGUGGUUAUGCAGUGUUGUCCGCUCACGAGCCUCUGUGACUCUUCGUCGCCAUCUGAAGAUCCUUGAUACCCAACCGCGCGUCCAGGGCGCAUCAAGCAUAGCAUAAGCUGGCCACUUAGCUCAGCUGGUUAGAGCGCAUGCUUAACACGAGCAACCGGUCCUCGAGGUCUACAAGGGGAUACAAUCGAGUUACGCAUGAGGUCGGCGGUUCGAUCCCGCCAGAGGUCAUACGUUUUGCAUUCCAGGUUGUUGCUGCUUUCUCUUGAGGAUGGUCAGCGACAUUGGAGGUCUGGGAAGCGACGAUAUGGGAUAAUUGGAUUGCAGAAUGGAGGUCACAUGACUUGUGUAACGGAUCGCCUUGGAAUCUUGUG